UAUAUCUGUGCUUUUGAAUUUGGGACUGGCUUUUUAAUCAGUCAGCAUUCAUGCAAAGAGAGGGACAGCUUUAAAAUCUGUUUGCAAGGCUUUUAGUUGCCCAAAGCCUAGGGUGUCUGCAGUUGAUUUGUUUGUCCAGUCUGUUUCACUGCACCACUGUCCAGCUUUAAGCCCUCAUUUAACCAAAGUCUCAGUGUGACUAGAGCAGAAAUGAAGCCCUAUGAAAAGUCAGCACAUGAGGCCUCUGCAUUUGAAAGCUGACUUUCCCUACCUGAGCCUGUCUAAAUCUCUGUCAAGUCAAUGAUGAUAAUAUGGAUGGUCUUAGUAGGAGUUGCCUGGAUUUCUCAGGUAAAAGUUUCUGUUUACUUGUUGAGAUAGUGAACUAAAUUCUUAGCUCUAGUUCAAGUUUCACUUAGUAUUUUUGAAGUACAACUUUGGGUACAUUCUUUUCAUAGUAAAAGCAGCUGCUUUAAGACUUCUUAAUAUAACAGUAAGAGAUCAGGGAUUUUUUUCCAUAAAAUGUAAUAUUAAUUUAUUUCUAAAUCAAUAUUUUAAUAGAAGGCAGAGAAGGGACUCUGGUAAGAGAACACUCAUCCCAGUGGUUUCUAGAAGCUGUUAGAGGAAAAGCACGUGUGCCUCUGUCACUUCAUGCUUGAAGCUAACUGUCUGUGAUCUUCACGAACAACGUGGUACCUUGUUCUUGAGAUGUGUUAAAACAUCCAGACCUCUGGGCAGUCCUGGUAAAGCUGCACUGGCAUGGAUUUGUGUACUGUACUAGCUGUCAGGAUGUCCUGUGCUUAAGUGAUACAGGCAGACAAACCCUGCAUACCCUGCUAGUAUUGGGGCAUUCUUUGUGACCAUACACAUGCAGUUUGUUGCCUGUGCCUGCCAUAAUUCAAAGUGCAAUUACUCAAGACCUUUUCUGAACUCUGCUGUGGAUGAUUCUCUUCUGUUUCGAGAACCCAGAUAAUACACUGUCUCGUUUUGUUUUCUGUAUUGUUCUGUGAAAGAUUCACUAGAUAAACUCAGGUGGGUUAAAUAUCAGGUCUUGCACACCUUCAUGAUGUCCUUCUGAAAUGGGCAGGUGCACAGGCCUGCCUGUCUGUGAGAUGCUCACGUUACAGCUGCGAGAUGCACAGGGCCAGCUGCCGAGCGAUGCUGUGCGCGUGCUCUUCCCGCCUGCGGCCGGCGGGUGAAGAUGGACGAGUCCUGGUGUGAAACCUGGCUGUUCUCCAGCUCACCUGAGCAGCUCUGGCAUGAGCAGUGUUCUGACAUGGCCAAUACAGUGAAGAUGGACAAGUCCUGGUGCAAAACCUGGCUGUUCUCCAGCUCACCUGAGCGGCUCUGGCGUGAGCAGUGUUCUGAUAUGGCCGAUACAGCACACCACAACUUGAUGGUUCUGCUUCAGUCACUGUUGUACAUGAUUCUGGGUGAAACCUUGCAAAAUCUCAUUCAGUAUUUUGGAAGCUGCAUGUGGAAUGUGCCAGGUUGACUCCUAUGAUGUGACUGUGGAAGAAGACCUUGGAGAAAUUCAGCUAAUAAAAAUUGAGAAACGAAAAUACUGGUACCAGGAUGACUGGUACCUUAAGUAUAUCACUGUUAAAACACCAGUGGGUGACUAUCUGGAGUUCCCAUGUUACCGCUGGAUUACAGAUGAAAAGGAGGUUGUCCUUCGAGAUGGAAGAGCAAAGCUCCCCCGAGAUGACAAGACUCAGAUUCUCAAGCAGCACAGGCGCAAAGAGCUCGAAUCCCGUCAGAAAAUGUACCGCUGGAAGGAGUGGCAUCCAGGCUUUCCGCUGAGCAUCGAUGCCCAUUCUCACAGUGAACUGCCUCGUGACAUCCAGUUUGACAAUGAGAAGGGAAUUGACUUCAUUCUGAACUACACAAAAGCGAUGGAAAAUCUUUAUGUCAACCGUUUCAUGCACAUGUUCCAGUCCUCCUGGAGUGAUUUUGCAGAUUUUGAGAGGAUUUUUGUCAGAAUCAGCAACACAAUCUCUGAAUAUGUGAUGCAACACUGGAGGGAAGAUUUUAUGUUUGGCUACCAGUUCCUGAAUGGAUGCAAUCCUGUGCUGAUCCGGAGAUGUACAGAGAUACCCAAGAAGCUGCCUGUGACCAUGGAUAUGGUAGAAUGCAGUCUGGAGAGGAACCUGACGCUGGAGGAAGAAGUGAAGACUGGCAGUGCUCCUGUUGGCUUUCCUCCUGCUGUCCUGCAGCUGCAGCAAGGCAACAUUUUCAUUGUGGACUAUGAGCUGCUUGAUGGUGUGGAUGCCAAUAAAACUGACCCGUGCACAGUACAGUACUUGGCUGCACCCAUCUGUUUGCUGUAUAAGAAUCUGGAGAAAAAAAUUGUACCCAUUGCAAUCCAGCUUGGUCAAAAGCCUGGACCAGACAACCCCAUCUUCCUCCCUUCAGAUGCCACAUAUGACUGGUUGCUAGCUAAAAUUUGGGUCCGCUCCUCUGAUUUCCACAUCCACCAGACAGUGACCCACCUCUUACGGACACACCUGGUCUCAGAGGUGUUCAGCAUAGCUAUGUUUCGGCAGCUGCCUGCUGUACAUCCCCUCUUCAAGCUCUUGGUGCCACAUAUGAGGUUCACAAUAGCCAUCAACACCAAAGCCCGAGAACAGCUUAUCUGUGAAUGUGGCCUUUUUGACAAGGCAAAUGCUACAGGUGGAGGAGGACAUGUACAAAUGGUGCAGAAGGCAAUGAAGGAUCUGACUUAUAGUUCCCUCUGCUUCCCUGAGGAGAUGAAAGCUAAAGGAAUGGACAGCAAAGAGGAUAUCCCCUACUACUAUUACCGGGACGAUGGCAUUAGGGUCUGGGAGGCUAUAAAGAGUUUUGCAGAGGAUGUAAUUCACAUCUACUAUGAGAGCGACGAGGUGGUGUGUGAGGAUGUGGAGCUGCAGGCUUUUGUCAAAGACAUUUACGUCUAUGGAAUGAGGGGUGUGAAAGCCUCAGGGUUCCCUAAGAUGAUCAGGACACGAGAGACACUAGCAGAAUAUCUCACAGUGAUCAUGUUCACUACGUCGGCUCAACACGCAGCUGUGAAUUUUGGUCAGUAUGACUGGUGCUCCUGGAUUCCCAAUGCCCCACCAACAAUGCGCUGCCCUCCUCCAACAGAAAAGGGCACAGUCACCAUCGAGCAAAUUGUGGAGAGUCUGCCAGACAGGGGACGUUCUUGUUGGCAUCUUGGAGCUGUCUGGGCCUUGAGCCAAUUCCAGGACAAAGAACUGUUCCUGGGCAUGUACCCAGAUGAACACUUCGUGGAGAAGCCAGUGAAAGAGGCUAUGGCAAAAUUCCGCAAGAAUUUGGAUGAGAUUGUCAACACCAUCACCGAGCGCAACAAGAACAAGAAGCUUCCUUACUACUACCUUUCCCCAGAUCGUAUUCCCAACAGUGUUGCUGUUUGAGCACAUAGCCAGGAGAGUUUGAAGGCCUGUAAAGCUAAUGAUGUUUUUCUGUUAUAUGCUUCUUCAAUUAGCUUUUCAGAAAUGGAUAAGAAACCCACCCUCUCCAUCAGAGCUUCCUUAAGUCUAUUUGAACUUUCAAAAUAAAUUUGGUUAUGACCAAUCUUGCAAACAAAAUCUAACUGACAGCCCUCUAGGUCAAAUUUGCUACAAUUUGCUAUUUUUCCAGGAUUUUUAAACUAAUCCUAGAAUCAAUAGAUAUGUUUCUAAAUAGACAUGUUAUCUUUCCCUCUCCUUGUCAAAACAAUGUAAUCACAGAUUCACUUAUGCAAUGGAAAUAGUAUCAUGAGCAAUAAGCACGUCACAUUUUAAAAUCCUUCCUGUUUUUAAUAGGUGACAUUGGUGACAUAAAAAAAUACCACUUUUAAAGUUUAUGCGUUGUUUCAAAUCUGAUUAAUGUGAAGUAUUUUCACUACCAUCAUGAAUAUCCUAAUCAGGAUAAAGGUAGAAGCAGGAAAUUUUUUUGACAUAGCUGAUGGGGUUUUAUUGCUUUCUUACCAAGUUCAUGGGAAAUGACAUCUCAUAGGAGACGAAAAUUUUGUACCUUCUUAAACCUUUUUUUACAUAAAACCAGGAAGGUUUGUUUUAGCCUCUGCCAGCAGAGUUUGAUGUCAUUCACAUGUAGGGACAAAUGUUCUACUCAAUGCCAUGUCAGCAAGUACAGACCUAUGCUCAGUUUGUUUCAUUGCUGAGGCUGCAGGGGUUUGUGGACAGUUUCUUCUGUUUUGUGGGGAAUUAAGAGGUUGCUUUCUAUAAUGGAAAAAUUUAUGGAAAAGGCUUAAUUGACAGCUUCUAAGAGGAAUCUUUAGAUUUGGCCGAUUAAGCAUGACUGGCAUGUUCCAUCUUAGUUAUAAACCACUGAGUUUUGUCUGUUUUGUUUAGAGGUGUUUAUGUUCAAACACUUGGGCUCUGGUAAAAGUUGAGAAAGUCACUGAAAAAAGCAAAAUUGAGGUUUGUGAAAUUUAAGUUGUGGUUGUGCUGAUUAGAAUUUGGGUUUUUCUGAGAAUUUGUUCCUUGUACUUGAUCUGCCAGCAUGUAGUGUGCUUUCUCAAUAGAUAAGAAAGUUUCUUGUGCUAAUAAAAAAACCUGAACAUCUAA